GGGCAGAGGAAGCAAGCCGAGCCCUCGUGAAGACUGGACGCCUGCCCGCGGGGAGGGACGUUGGCUGGCCGGCCGCCGCGCUGACAGCAGCCCAUACCCGGCUGGCCGAGGGGAACAUGUGAGCUCCCCCCAGGGACCAGCUUGGAGUGGAGCAACCAGUGCAGCGCCGCCUCUGUUCCUGUCGCCAUGGGGCUCCCCCUGCUGCUGGGGCUGCUGUUCUCCCGAACCGGAGGCCUUCUUCCUCAGUCCAUUGAGCAGUCGAACAGCUGCAUAACAGCUGAGAGUCUUUGUCUGGCCGACCCUGCCUGCAAUGCCAUCUAUCGGACCCUGGAAAACUGUUCCCAUUCCUAUGCUAAGAACAGUUUGUUCAUUCUGGACCACGAAGCCAGGAACAAAUGCCUGCAGGCAGAAACCAUGAUCAGAAAUAGCCAUUUUCAGGAAUGCAAGUGUCAGCGCCGCACACAAAAACAGGAAGAGCAGUGCUUGCGCAUCUACUGGACUGUCCAUUCUACUGUCUCAGAAGGUGACUUUAAUUUGGUGAUGUCUCCCUAUAAGAAUGUAGUAAGUGAAGAGUCCUUGAAAACCAACUACAAUAAGCUGGCAACUCGGGUUUCAGGUUCUUAUUUAGCUGGGGACAGCACAAAUCCCUGCCUGCAAGUUGCUCAGGUUUGCAGCAUGAAUCGUAGGUGUGGACGUCUUCGCACAAUGUAUGUUUCUAACUGCAGCCCAAAGGAUGGCCACCCCUGCAAUCAACGCAAAUGUCACCAAGAACUGAAGCACUUCUUUGGGAAAGUCGAUAUGGAUUUCACCAAGAGGUUCCUCUUCUGCCCUUGCCAAGAUGAGUUUUGUGGAGAGCGACGGCGGAAAACGAUUGUCCCAGAUUGCUCUUUCCAGAACAACAGUAAACCAAACUGCCUUGUCCUGUUGGAUACAUGCCUGAAAGAUUAUAUUUGCAAAUCCCGAUUGGCUGACUUCCAAGAACAAUGCAAGCCCUCAAGCUCUUCCUCAGAUGGCUGCUUUCAGCACAGCCAUGCUACUUGCCUGGAGGCUUACAUGGGGAUGAUUGGAACACCCAUGACCCCCAAUUACAUUAGCAAUUCCACUGCUGACGUCACACUGUGGUGUUCCUGCGAGAACAGUGGCAAUCACAAGGAGUACUGUGAGGAAAUCCUUAGUUUGUUUUCCAACAACAGAUGUCUAAGAAGUUCAAUGCAGUCUCAGAUGGGCUUAAACCAGGUGAAUACAAAGGAUCAGGAGGAACUGCAGUUCAUAUCUUCCCCAAACAUCCAGGGUGAUGGCACCAGCACGGUUCUCACUGCAAAAAUAUAUUGGGAAUCUGUGAAGAAUAUGCAGCCAGAAGUUCUUAUGCAAAACAGACAAAUAUUUUCUCAUGCUGAAUAUUCUGGAGAUCGGCUUUCUUUGUUCACUUUGAUCUUGACACUGUUGCUUCUGUUGCUGGGUUCACCAUAACAUAGUACAACUGGCAUUUUUCAUUCCGUGUAAUCCUCCACAGAGAAGGGAAACAGGUCAUUAUUGUUUCUUGCCAAAGAGGAAGCACUGGACACUUGCAAGCCUUUUCCCAGUGUGAAUCUUUUUGCCGGGACUUGAAAAACUUCACUUGCAUGUCUGUGCCACAUAGGCAUGGGGCACAGUUACCUUUCCAGUAACACCAAGGAAACGAAGCAGGCAGGUCAGAGUUUUUAGGGAACUGAUUUUUAAAAAGCAGAAAUCAGAAUGAAUAUUUUUAGCUUGUUUCAAGAUGUUUUGGUUUUCAUUAAAGAAGAAAGGAAGAAAUCCAGCAUAUCCAACAUAUCUCGCAAGUGACAUGUAAUUUCUGGCUUCAGCAUUGCCUGAAAAUCAAGAUUGCCUGGACUUCUGCUGUUUUCCAGGCUCUUUGCAGGCUUGUCCAGAAACAUACAAAACAAAGCUGUGUCCUGAAGUAAGAGACAGUAAUGCUAAAUAGUAGUGUCUGUACUUGGUCUAAUCUUUCUGUCCAGUCUCUCAGUACUGGUAAGAAAUGUAGUCCCUCUGAGUUAGAUGGAGUUACUGUAUCCAUCCUAGUAACAUAAUCUUCCUUGUCCAAUAUAGGAACCUUCUCUGCUUCUACAGGAAUCAGCAUGAAGACUUAUUGAGAUUUUACCUGGUUCCCUGGGCUUUACUACUCAUAGGGUUGGAUCCAGCUAGCUUCUCUGCAGGUCAGAAUGGAAGAAGAGAUCUUCUUUGAUUACCCAAAAAAGCUGCGCUAAGGAUCACAGGACAUACUUAUACAAAAGCUAUGUAGGAUGGGGCUGUAGAAGAGAGGGAAAGUGAAUGCGAUUAAGUGAAAAUUCUGAAUCCAACCCUUUAUACAUACAUUGAGCCACAGAGCAAGGAUCUUCUCCAUCUGGAAUGAACUGGUGUUCCUUCGUAUGCCCUUAUGUCCAUUCUCUUGUCCAUUAGACUUUUAUCCAGGGUCUUAUAAUAGUGGAUGUGUCAUAUUAACUGCCAUUCUUUGGUGCAGCAGUGUUGUGAUGUUAACUUCCAGGUACAAGAUUUAAAAGUUUACACCUCUUGCAUAUGAUCAUCAUCUUAUCUGCUAACUUGAUGUUUUGGAAGAGAUGGCAAGCUAACCAUAACAACUUCUCUGGCAUUGUGGAAGGUGAAGUCAGUACUAUAUCAUCUUUAUCAUGCCGCAGGAAGGAUAUAUUUGGGUGUGGUUAUUAAGAUUGCAAAGCUGAAUAUCAUAUGUCCAAUAUUUGGGGCGCAAUCUAUCUGUUUUGGCACUGUUCUUUAUGCCGUGGGUCUCAAGAUGCUCAGGCAGGUUUAUAAAUAUUUUAAAUACAUUAAAUCGAUAAGUUCAAGAGUGACGAUAUUGUCUCUAUAUCUCAGCAUGCUUUCCUGGGUUUCUUCUGAUACAGCCUACCAGGAGGGACUCCUCCUUAUUUCUGUGUGUAUUUACUGUCAGUAUUAAACAGAAGGGUACAGUUUGCACAGACUUGUCAAUCCAUUCUGUAAUCCAAAUGUAGUUUUGUUCCACCUUCUUAAUUAAGGUGAUUACAGGAGGAUUGUUUCCGUCUUAUGAAAUUCUGUUUAUAGCUCUUGUGACUACAGAUACAUUUGCAGUGUAAUCCUAAGGAGAGUUGCACUCUUCCAAGACCACUGAAAUCAGUGGGUUCAGGAAUAUGCUGUUGGAAGUACUGGUGAGGAUUUUGAAUUGUUACAACAAAACUUUUUAAAACUUGCUUUUUAAAAAACAGUUCAGGUUGGCAGUGUUUUGCUUUUACUGGCACAGGAUAUUGAUAAACCCAGGCAUUUGAAAUGUUGUAGGAAUUCAACAUUUGGAAAACGUUUAGAUACUAUGGAACAGAACACAUUGAAAACUUUGUCAACAGAAGCAAUUGCCUCCAGCACGUCAGUAGAUCAGGCAAGUCCUGAAUGGAAAGAUGUAAAGUUAACUUCUUUUUGUAGAUGGGGCAAUCAUGCUUCAUGAUACAAGUAUCCAUACUAGAACAGUUAAGUAUAGUUGUUAUUUUAAGAUUCCGAGAAUAUGGUUCAGUCCACAGUAGGCAAAGUUCUUCUACAUGCAGGAACAGGACACUAUUGAAUCCUGUUUUACUUCAUUCUGCUUGUGUGAAGGCAAGCAGCAUGGGAGGGGGGGUGCCAACUAGGAUAACUAGGAAGUUCAUGCAAGCCUUACUAAUCCCCCCAUGCCCAUAUUCUCUUCACCUUAAUGUAAGUUAUUCAUCCUUCAGAUUGCAACUGAAUUGCAUGAAGCUGAAUGGUGAUGAAGAAAUGUAUCUCACCUGAAGAGCCUCUUUUCUGUGUAAACAGAAAACCAGGCUCUGCUGAGUCCUAUCCCUCUACAUAUGGGUGCUUGCUUCAUCCAGGUUGGAUUAAACUGUGCUGCCAAUACAUAUGUUUCCAGUCUUAACUCCCUCCCACCUUUUUUAUGUUGUGGCAUUUUUUUCAGAUGUUCAUAGUCAUUUCAUCUAUGCUGACUUCAGCAGUUUUCACACCUGCUGAAGAGGGAAACUAAAGCAUGUAAAAAUUAUAUACAAUUUAGUAAAACAUAUUCAAUUUAGGCAAACAUAGAGAAGAGGGAAUGUUCUUUGCUACUGUGAUGUAAAUUACAAUAUUUUACAAAUGUCACUCAGUUCAUAAUAUCCAUAAUAAAUAAUAAAAGUUUGCCUUUCAA